AUGCGCAAGGCCUGGACUUCUGGGGCGCUCUGUGCCCUCUUGGCCUUCGUUUCGGGUGUCACCAGUCAAGAGACCGAGGAUUCGACGAAGAAGACCUGUACCGUCGCAGCCAGCGGAACGAAUGCCACCGAUGACGCCCCUGCAAUUCUAGACGCGUUCAAGAAAUGCGGUCGACGCGGAAAGGUGGUUUUCAAACCGACGACUUACUAUGUCAACUCGGCACUGAAUGUGACUUGGUUGAAUGACGUUGAGAUUGAUCUGCAAGGGACUUUACUGUGGAGUACCAAUAUCUCGUAUUGGCUUGCCAACUCUCUGGAUGUGGGAUACCAGAAUCAGUCCACUGCAUUCAUUCUCGGCGGCAACAAUGUUCGCAUUAACGGACGUGGAAAGGGGACCUUCGACGGUAACGGCGAUUAUUGGUACGAGUGGAUUAGACAACAGGAGAACACGUCCAACUACCCCGGCCGUCCGCAUGCCAUCACUUUGAACGGACUUACCAACUCCGUUGUCCGGGGUGUCAACUUCUUGAGAAGUCAGAUGUGGACGAUGUCCAUCAUCUACUCUCACAACGUCGAACUCGAUAGCAUCCUCGUCAACAAUACUGGAAACCGCUUCCAAAGCUCUAACACGGAUGGUGCCGACACUAUCCGAUCCUCCAACAUCAAGUUCAACAAUUGGACCGUUUACAGCGGAGAUGACAGCAUCUCUCUGAAGGCAAAUAGCACUGACAUUAGUAUUACCAACUCCAAGUUCUACAAUGGACUUGGAAUCGCGCUCGGAAGCAUCGGACAGUACAAUGACCAAUACGAGACCAUCGAGAGGCUGAAUGUCAAAGACUGCUUCUUCGACAACACCCUGCACGCUGUUUACUUCAAGACAUGGACUGAUGACCAGAACGGCUACCCUCCGAACGGUGGCGGUGGCGGACUUGGCUUUGCCUCAGACAUUUCUUUCAAGAACCUGACGGUCCAGGGUAUGCGCGGUGCCGCCGUGGCGAUCUCUCAGUGCACACGAUUCCGUGGUGCUCCCGGCGUGGGUAACUGCACCAAUUCGCAGUUCCAAAUCCGUGACAUCACCGUCGACGGCAUGGUGGGAACGACCAAAUCUUCCAGGGUUGCAAGCCUGCAGUGCAGUGCCGUUGCGCCAUGCACUAACAUUGGUCUCUUCGACGUCGAUCUGCGCUUCGCAAAUGGAACUGAGGCCGCUUCGUAUCUCUGCGGACACGCCGAAAACCCGAGGGGCUUCGAAUGCACCGGCACGCCUUGCAUUGGAGGUAGCUCGACUGGAGAAUGCUAA